CCUAAAUACACCUAUACCUAACACAUUCAAGCAACCGCCAAGAGUUUGAAGACUUUACACAACUCAUCUCCUGAGUAUUGGAUCUAAAUUUAUAUAGUACAAAAUUAUGCCAUGUUAGGUCCCAAGCAUAUAAUAAGGCGCUACCAGUUUCAGCCAAACGGGGACUCUAACCCAAUUAUCUCCAUCAUUCUCCAUCACGGACUUCUGAAGCAUUCCACAAGCCCGCAUAUUAUUAGUUUCUUAGUAGCUGAUCAGUUCCAAACACACGUACAUAUUUCACAGUGCUUCACGACAAGAAGACAAUUAGUUUAACUAGCAUCAAGUUGUCUUUGAUUUGUCUUACGCAUCACCACCAACUCAUAUCUCUAACUUCUUCCAGUAUAAAAUCUAAUACCAAAAGCAAGAAGAAAAAAAAGACCAAGAGGAAACUUUCCACUUAUACAAAGAUAUACAAAAAUAUACAAAAAAAAUGUCUUUCUUCAACAAGUUAACAAGUAAGCUCGACGAGCUAAAUCUCGGUGGAUCAGAUAAACCACGAGAUCGAGAGGGACCCGGAGGAUAUCCCAGCCAUCAAAAUUACCCACCGCCUUCUCAGCAGUACGGCAGCAAUUACGGCCGAGAUCCAUACCCACCAAACCCGCCGAACCCCAGUUACGGCGGUGGCUAUCCGCCGCAACAUGGAAGUUAUAAUACUCCCCCACCUGGAAACUACAAUUCCCCCCCACCGGCGGGAAGCUAUAAUUCUCCUCCGCCUCCUGGAAACUAUAAUAGCCCUCCCCCGCCCGGUAAUUACAGCAGUCCUCCGCCUCCUGGUCCGGGUGCGGGGCCUACUUAUGCGCCGCCUUCGGAUAAGCCGCCAAUCCCGACCGGUUGGGUACCACAAUGGGACCAGCAUUACCAGCGCUGGUAUUACUACGAGCAGGCAACUGGUCGCUCCCAAUGGGAAGCCCCAGGUUACAACCCUGGCCCGCCUGGCCAAAGUGAAGGCGACAGAGGAUACGGCUCGCACAGCGAAUCUAACAACUACCCAUCCCACGACGCAUCGGGUUACGGAGCACCAAGUCAUGGACCUCCAAGUCAUGGAGCACCAGGCUACGGUUAUCCUCAAGAUUCCCGCGGCCACGACUCUUAUGGAGGCCACGGCGAACAAGCCGGAUAUGGAUAUAGUCAUGGAGACCAAAGCUAUGGCCACUCCUCCGAAGGAGACCACAACAGAGGCGAGGAGAAGAAGAAGAAGGAGAAGAAGGACCAUAGCGGCCUCCUACUAGGUGCUGCUGGCGGUCUAGCCGUGGGUGCUAUCGGUGGUGCACUCAUAGCCAACGCUCUCGAUGAUUCAGAUGAUGAGCAUCAUGCCCCUCCGCCAGCUCCGGUUCCGGCUCCGGCUCUGGAAGCAGUAUACGCGCCUCCCGCCCCUGCUUAUUAUGAGCCUGUGUACGAGCCCGCGUACAAUGCAGAGGGCGAAUACAUUGACGCUAGCGACCGAGAGUCCGUACGUUCUGCUCGCGAGGAUUACGAAGAAGCUCUCGCCAAGGCACAAGAUUCCGACGCUAGUAGUAGCGAUUUCGAAGAGCUCGAAGAGGCUCGGGAAGAAUACCAAGAGGAAUACGAGGAAGCGUAUGAAGAUUAGUAGAUCUUGCCGAAUAUUAGGUUGGGGUAUUCCUUGGGGUUAGGAGUUUCUCAAGGGAAUGAUAUGAGAUGCAUAAAGCCAAUAGGAUUGUCUGUCUUGCAGUUUGCGACGAUCGAUCACCCGACGUGCCUAUCUCUGAAUGCUGAAGUUACGCCCUACAUAAUGUCUAACGAAUCUCUUAGCAUCUGAGGAAAUAAAUCUCUUCAUGAAUAUCUAGGAACCUAUAUAUGA